AUGCAUACUGAAUACGAUAGGGUUGUCUUUGUUGUACUGCAGUACGUCAUGUCAGGAAUAGGCGGUCAAAACGGAGCGGACAAUGUAAAAAAUGAAGUAUUCUACUUCACAGAUUCUACUUCACAGUCCCUUCGUAUUCCAACGGAAGUGAGUCUAGUGCUCUGA